ACAACAAACGAAGCGAACAAAAAAACACACACAAAUGCAUGUGGAAGAACAAAUAGAAUGUAGGAAAGUUUCUACAAACAAACGACAAAACAGCUGAACAAUUCCAUCUGUCCAAAAGUUAGGAGGAUAAGAACAGCGCAGGCCAAUAAGCCAGUACAACUGUUUCAGUCGUGGUUGUUGCUACUGCGUCGUGUGUUGUGCUCGGUUUGCUCGUCCCAAAGUACCCCUGACCUUAAGGAAAGGGUUUACGCAUUUUCCUUUGUGAUAUUGAUCGAUUCGUUGUGUCGUAGCGAGUCACAGGAUGCAGAAUGUCCUGAAUUCUGUGAAGGGCACGGCUCUUGGUGUGGCCGAAUAUUUAACGCCCGUGCUGAAGGAAUCAAAGUUUCGUGAAACGGGUGUGCUAACGCCGGAAGAAUUCAUCGCCGCCGGAGAUCACCUUACGCAUCACUGUCCGACCUGGUCGUGGGCGGUUGGAGAUGAGAGCAAAAUUAAGCCUUAUCUUCCGAAGGACAAACAGUUUUUGAUUACGCGCAACGUACCAUGCAGGCGACGUUGUAAACAGAUCGAGUUUGUCGGCGAGGAAAACCUCGUGGAGGAGAACGAUGCGGAUGGCGGAUGGGUCGAGACACAUCACUACAAUCCGGACGAUGCGGGAAGUGCCGGGCUGGAGGAAAAGGUGUGCGAAAUGAAGCUUGAUAGUUCGCGCAUCGAGGACGAACCGGCGGCCGACAUGGAUGAUCCACGGAACCUCGACGAGGGUGAUGCGGAUGGUGGCGAUGAGGAUGACGAGGAUGGGGCUGCAAUCGAUAUGGAUGAGUUCGAAGAAAGCGGUCUGCUGGAAACGGUUGAUCCGUCAAAUGCACUACUUCCGGCGCCGAAUGAGAAGCCCAAACCUGUCGCAUCAUCGGAGGUGGAAGGUGAUUCGGUGGUGCGCACAAGAACAUACGAUCUGCACAUCACGUACGACAAAUAUUACCAAACGCCCCGGCUGUGGGUGAUCGGGUAUGAUGAGAACCGAAAGCUGCUGAGCGUGGAACAGAUGUACGACGACGUUAGCCAGGAUCAUGCGAAGAAAACGGUUACGAUGGAAUCGCAUCCACAUCUACCCGGACCGAACAUGGCUUCGGUUCAUCCGUGCAAACACGCCGAUAUUAUGAAGAAAAUCAUCCAAACCGUUGAGGAAGGUGGAGGAGAACUGGGCGUCCAUAUGUAUCUCAUCAUCUUCCUGAAGUUUGUCCAAACCGUCAUACCGACGAUCGAGUACGAUUUUACGCAAAACUUCAACAUUUCCAAUCACAAAUAAGGCAGCAAUUUGAUAUGGUAAAGAUGGUAUGAAAACAGCUGACGUUCCGUCUGAUGUUAGAGGCUGGCAGGGAAUGGCUUUUCACAGCUUGAAGGGCUAAUUUUCGUAGAAACCUUUGGUUACAUCGUGUUUUUUAGUGUUUAACUUCUGUUCUAGUUGGUUUUUGGUUCAUUUUCCUGUUGCCUACGUUUUACGUUGUAGUGUGUCCCACUGUGUAUUUUUCUGUUACUGUCCCGUGGUUUUACUUCCAACUGAACGCACCAUAAUGAUAUUUAAACCCGAUAGCAAAUCGUGCACUCCAUUACGCAACUGUGGCUUUCAGAAUAAAGAUCUAUGGGUAAGAGAGAAAGAGGUGAAAUAUAUGUACGGAAUUGCUUAUCAGAA